ACUUUCACUUUUCCCACAAAACUUGGGUCAUUUCUGCGGGACCCGAACCCGGUGGGUCUUUUCCCUCUUUGUGGUUCAUCUUCGGUUGGCGGCGGUGACUUUGCGACGAACAGAAUGGCGAAAAGAGAAACGGUGAAGAAGGCGGAGGAGCUGGUGGAGAUGGCAAUGGGCGGUAACGACGCCUCACACGAUCCUUCUCACGUCUGGAGAGUUCGAGACCUUGCUCUUUCACUGGCCGAAGAAGAAGGUCUCUCUUCCACCACCGACUCCAUGGAAAUCGUGGAACUUGCUGCGCUUCUCCACGAUAUAGGUGAUUACAAGUAUUUGAGAGACCCAAGUGAGGAAAAAAUUGUGGAAAAUUUUCUGACGGAAGAGGGAAUAGAGGAAAACAAGAAACAGAAGAUAUUAGCGAUCAUAAAGGGCAUGGGCUUCAAAGAAGAGAUUUCUAGCCUUUCGAAAGUUGAAUAUUCUCCUGAAUUUGGGGUGGUUCAAGAUGCCGAUCGUUUAGAUGCAAUUGGUGCCAUUGGAAUUGCACGAUGCUUCACUUUUGGUGGAAGCAAGAAGAGAGUGCUGCAUGAUCCUGCAAUUAGUCCUCGAACGUGUUUAUCGAAAGAAGCAUACAUGAAUAAAGAAGAGCAGACUACUGUGAAUCACUUUCACGAGAAGCUACUAAAAAUAAAGGAUUUUAUGAAAACAAAGGCUGGACAGAGGAGGGCAGAGAAAAGGCACGAGUUCGUGGAGGAAUUCCUCAAGGAAUUUUAUGAUGAAUGGGAUGGAAAAGCUUGAUUUACUUAAUUAAAGGUAUAUUGGUAAUUAACUAGGGAGUUCGUUAUACUUGUUGGCUAUAAAUAGAAGGGAGAGGGGAAUGAAGAAGAUAAGACGUCUAAAAAUUGGGAGGGUCCAAGUAUCUUGAAAAUUCGAUUUAUCUUAUAAUUUUGUUAUCGUUCAAUAUAUUUGGGUUCUAUUAUAAUACAGUGCUUUCAAGCAACUCAAUACCUAUAAAAGGUUGUAUAUGUUUCAUAUAACAUGAAGAAUCUAUCUUCUGUUUCAACAUGGAGUUUUCCCAUUUGGUUA